UUCGUCGCCGGCGCUGCACCCCGGCUGCUCCCCUCGCCUUCCUCAACAACUCCGCGUCGGCGUCCCGAAGCUGCUUCCCCCGUCUUCCUUAAUUCGUUCGGCUUCGGCUUCGUGUGUUCCCCAUCCUAUGUCGGCCGUGUCGUCGCGGACUGGUCGCGCCCCGCCGGCGGCGCCGAUGGCGACGGCUGACCUGGAGGCCGCCAUCGCGGCGCUCCCCGUCAGGAAGCAGCGCCUGCGGGAGACCUUCGACCGCCUCGUCGCCUGCGCGCCGCCCCAUUACCAUCUCCCCUUCACCUGGGACGACAUCGACGCCCAUGUCUCCUCCCUCCACGCCUCCCUCGCCCUCCGCUUCCGCCAGAUGCAGCAGCAGCAGCAGCAGCCACACUCCGGCGUCCCCGUGUCCGCACCCGCGGCCCCCGACGACGAGCAGCCCCACCCCGGCGUCCCCGUGUCCCCCACCGCAACCCCCAUCGGCGAGCAGCCCGACCCUUGCGUCCUCGUGUCCGCAACCCACGGCGAGUCCAUCCAGGAGGACGAGGAGAUGGUUAGGGAGGAGGAAGACGCCUCUCCUGCUCAAGAGGAUGAUAGAGUGGAGGACGCAGGCAUGGGCUUUGCGGGGCGCCAUGGCGCCAGGCCGGAGGAACUCGUGAUCAAGAGUUUCCUGUUCCGGUGCGGGCUCACUACGCCCGGGACGCCGGCAGCCCUAUACUUCGGCAGCCAUACACGGCGUCCCCGCCUGAUGUGCAUAGCCAGCUGAAUCUUCCCAUGCUCCAGCGACAA